AUGCACUGCGAGUUCCGAGACUUAGACGAUGCCCUGAUGGAUCGAAUUGUCUGCGGGGUCCGGGACAUCCAUCUGCAACGGCGUCUCCUCGCCAAGCCAGACCUCACGCUACAGAAAGCCAUUGAGGAGGCUGUGGCCUCAGAAGCUGCUGAACGCUCCGCCCAGGAGAUCCGCAAGUCCAGCAGCCCGCGUCUUGCUAGGAAGCCAGUUCCAGUGCAUCACGAAGAGGCCAGCAGUGAUGAGGCAUCCUCCAGUGAAGACGAUGACGUGCACCAGACAAAGCGGGAGCGCAGGAAGUUCCAGCAGUAG